GCAGCUAAAAAAAGUCGAGCAGAUAACAUCCUAUCCAGCUUGCUGCCAACAUGGAUCAAGAAGUGGUGGGGAGCUUUGUCCUUCUGGUCAUCGUUACUCUUUUAAGUGUCAUCCAAAAUGCCUUUUUUGCCAGUAAGGUAGAACAUGAAAGCAAGAACCACACGUCCAAAGGUUUUCAGCGAGUUGCGUCGUCUGCUUUUGACCGUGUCUUCACUGCCAACCAAAACUGCAGAGAUGCUUAUCCUACCUUCCUUGCUGUGCUUUGGUGUGCUGGUUUGCUCUGUAGCCAAGCUCCUGCAGCCUUUGCUGGAUUGAUGUACUUGUUUGUGAGACAGAAGUAUUUUGUCGGCUAUAUGGGAGAAAGGACACAGAGCACACCCGGUUACAUUUUUGGAAAACGCAUCAUAUUGUUCCUUUUCCUUAUGUCUGUGGCUGGAGUUUUCAACUAUUACCUGGGCCUAUUUUUUGGAAGCGACUUUCAGACAUACAUAAAAACGGUGACCAGUACCAUCUCUCCGCUGCUGCUUAUUCCUUAAAUCUUUUCAGCAAAGAGGUGGAGAGAGAAUGGAAAAGAUCAGGGUGCGCAGCCAAUCGAUUUCCAGAAGCAGAUGUUCAAAAUGAACCUGUAAAGCUCCUUUUACAUUGCCAUAAAUCUAACACUCUUUAGGGCUUUGUAGUUUUGAUUUAGCACUGCCUUUUCUCUGCAAGAAAAUUAUUUAUGGCAAGCACUUGACAUGUCUUUGGGAGAAGAGUAAUAUGCCCCAGUAAAUUGUAAGUCCCCACACUGUAAAUGGUACCUUGCUUGGUUUUGGUUACUGAAGUGUUAAGUGUAUGGGAAAAUGUUCGUUGGCAUAACAUUUUCAUACAGGAUGCAAAAGUAAAGUAAUUGUGUUCAGCACAAAUGAACAGUUGACAUUCAGUGGAACUCAGAAGUCCAGCCUGCUUGAAGGAAAGAGAUGUAAUACAGUCUAAAAAGAGAUACAACACUCUAAAAAUAUUAACUUCAGUAAACUUAGAAGGGUGUAGCUCUGCUUAGGAUUCUGCAGUUAAAGGAAAUGUAUACAUUUAUUUACACCCCAGUUAGCACUAUCAUAAUAGUUAAAUAUAAAUAAUAAAAUACUAUUUGUGUGGGUUUUUUCUGGCAGAGGAGGAAUAAUAGUCUUAUCAGUAAAAUUAUUUACAGUUACUGAAGUUAGUUUACUGUUGGAUUUUUAUUAUCACCAAUGUCUGCUACUUAAACACACAAAUCCAUUCAAACAAUUGCUUUUAUUGGAUCAAACAAUGCACAAAAUGCUGGAAGAGUUAUGCAUAAGUCUUCAAGCACAACAAUUUAAAGCAAAGAAUACAUUCAACAAAACAUUUCACAGUAACGAUGGUUAUCGGUGAUGUUACGAAUGGAUGUGGCUUAUGAAUGUUAAAUCACUUACAGUACCAUACCAUCCCAAAAAGAGUUACACCCUUCAAACCCAUUGAAGUCAAUGAGUUUAGAAGGGUGUAACUCUGUUUAGGAUUGCAAUACUAAUUCUGAAUACAGAACUACUAACUCAAGGUUAUUUAUUGUUUGUCAUCUUUCAAAAGGUGAUUUUAGAGGAUAGUCAUCUAGGUCUCCAGUAGAACAGCUGGAUUUCAACCCAGUAGCACCUUAGAAACAGACCAAAAAGAUUUUUGGUGUAAAACAAUUCUAAGGUGCUACUGGAUUCGAAUCUAGUAUUUCAAAAUGUGAUUUUUCUCCCAUAUUUUAUUACUUUAAUAAAUCAAUACUUCAGAAGGAAAAGAAACAGAAGACAAAAGAUCAGAGAAAAUAAGGCAUAUGGCUGCAUGUUAUUGUGAAACUUAUUCUGAUAAUCUAUAAAUAAACUCCAUCUCAACA